AUGAAAAAGGCCAUUAAAUAUACUAUCCUCCUAGGAGGUCUCGCCGUGUCAGCCAAAUGCAAUAAUGUAUCGUCAGAGUACGACUAUGUGGUUGUAGGCUCUGGACCUGGCGGAGGCCCUCUGGCAGCAAAUUUGGCUCGUGAAGGAUACUCAGUGUUCUUAAUUGAAGCUGGUGGAAAUCACGGCGAUGAGUUACUGCAACAAGUCCCAGGACUGGCCGAUGUCAACUCCGAGGACCCUGAGAUGUCUUGGCAGUUCUUCGUCUCUCACUACCAAAAUGAAACACAAGCCCGUCGCGACCGCUACUUCACAUAUAGACUUGCCAAUGGCUCGCUUUGGUACGGAAUUGACCCGCCCGAGGGCGCAACACCAUUGGGAAUCUACUAUCCCCGAGGUGCUACUGUGGGGGGAUCGGCCAUAUCCAACGCGAUGAACGUCGUCCUCCCGCCCCCGGCCGAUUUCAACUACAUCGCCAACGUAACUGGCGACGAAUCUUGGCAAGCAGAAAAUCUAGCUCAAUAUUUUACUGAGUUCGAGCGGAACACGUAUACGGAGCCUGGAUCCGUUGACCAUGGAUAUGACGGAUUUAUUUCGACCAAUAGGAACAACAUCUCUUAUAUUGCUGAUCGACCAGGUGUCCUCCGAGUGGUUCAGAAUGCCAUCUCUCAAACUGAAAACAUCGAGUCUCCUUCCCAAGAGGAGGUUAUCCAACUGAUGGAACGAGAUCUGAACCGACCUGACGCAGACAGAUAUGAGCACCCGGGAGUUUAUCAAAUCCCGCUCCACAUCGACGAAAAUCGCCGUAGAAGCAGCCCCUGGAACUACAUUUCAGACACCCUUGCUGAAACAUCCUCAAACGGCUCUGCGCUAUAUCCCCUCACUUUGAGCACUCAUAGUCUCGCAACUAAAAUCGUUUUUACAAAUGAUGGCAAGGGCAACCCGGUGGCUAAAGGUGUCGAGUAUAUUGUUGGCGAGGGGCUUUAUGAAGCCGACCGUCGCUAUAAUGCCUCAGUUCAGGGAACCAAACGAGUCGUCAAGGCUAGAAAGGAAGUUAUCAUUUCCGGUGGUGCGUUUAAUACUCCUCAGAUUCUUAAGCUGAGCGGUAUUGGUCCCCGAAACGAACUUGAGGAACAUGGAAUUCCUGUCGUCGUUGAUCUUCCAGCCGUGGGAGAAUAUCUGCAAGAUAAUUACGAGGUCCCUAUCAAUAUGCGAUCUCAGAUCCCUUGGGAGAACAGCCCCUUUGCGGAGUGCACGGGUUCAGGCGAUGCCGAGACCGACCCUUGCUUGGCCCAGUGGGAAGAAGGAUACGGCGCAUAUGGCGAAGGGGCCGCACCCAUCUUCAUGCUGUAUCGGACAGGUCAGAGCGACAAUAACGAUGCUGAUCUCAUAAUCUUUGGAGCCGGAGGCGCUGUCUUCGAUGGGCACUAUCCAGGCUUCAGCACCGUGCAGUGGCCACCCACCAGCUUCUUCUGGACUGCUGUCAAGAUGCAGAAUCGGAACCCAACAGGCACUGUGCGCCUCCGAUCAUCUAAUCCCCGCGAGGUUCCCGAGAUUAAUCUCAACUUCUACAAAGAGGGUAGAGAUGCCGAUGUGGCCGCCCUGGCUGAAGGAUUAGAGCACCUCCUGUCUAUUAUGAAUGUCACAGGCGAGCCUUAUGCACCUUUUGAUAUCAUCGACCCGCCCGCUGAAAUCUCCUUGGAGCAACAUAUUUUGGAUCAUUCAUUCAGCCACCACGUUUCUGGGAGUUGUCGUAUGGGCCGUGAGAAGAGCACAUCUUGCGUGGAUUCUAAUUUCAAGGUUCACGGCGUUGACGGGUUGCGCGUUGUUGACGGCUCCAUCUUUCCUCGGGCUCCUGGAGGUUUCCCUGUUGGCGCUACGUUUUUGAUUAGCCAAAAGGCCUUUCAUACGAUUCUCGCUGACGCGUAA